CCGGAAAACCCAAAGGCUAUUAGGCUAUUAUAUAUGACUAUAUGUAGGCCUAUAUGUCUAGGAUAUUAAAAGGGCAACAGAGGGCGCUCUGAGUUUAUAAUUUACAUCAUGGUCAGCAUCGUUAGCGGCAGGGAAGUUCAGAGGCCAGAGCUGUUUAAUGGCAGAAGACUUUAUUGCUGACCUCCAUGAUUUGUACAGUUUCAAAAGCAUGGCCUCUACUCCUCCACACAAUUUCUCCUGGGUCGAACCAGGCAAAGUGGCUGGACUGGCACUGCCCAGGAUGACAUCUGAAUACCAGUACUUGCUGGACAAUGGUGUCAAACACCUGGUUUGCCUGUGUGAGAGAAAACCACCUUAUUAUGAUUCGUGCCCGGAGUUACAGCUGCACCACAUCAAGAUAGCAGACUUCACUCCUCCUUCACCUAGUCAGAUUGAUAGAUUCCUGUCUAUUGUGGAAGAGGCCAACUCCAAGGGGGAGGGUGUGGGAGUUCACUGCAUGCACGGUCAUGGGAGAACAGGGACCAUGCUGGCCUGCUACCUGGUGAAGACGAGGCAGAUGUCGGGGAUCGACGCCAUCAAUGAGAUUCGCAGACUGCGGCGAGGCUCUAUCGAAACUCACGAACAAGAGAAAGCCGUGGUACAGUUUUAUCAGCGCACAAAGUAGCUUUUAUAGGAGGAACAGUUUUUAAUUAAUUAAUAAGCAUAAAAAAGUGGAAGAAGUGCCUUGGUUAUAUUGCUAAAUGAAUACUUUAUUAUCUAGGAAUUGAAAAAUACAACAAUUUAUGUUUAAAGAGGUGAAAAAUCAAAAGAUUGAAUGUCCUGGAUGACAACAUUAAACCCAAUAUUGACAUUACCCACAGUAUGCCCAUGGACAUUUCACUAAGGCAAACAUUUCUACAGUAAAUACUUAGUUACUUACGCACACUGCCUUUUCAAUGGUACUGUAAACUGUCAUUUUUAUUGCACAUCUUUACAUUUGUUUAUAUAGACAUGCUCCUUCUCUGAGGUCUCUGUUUACGAGGUUUCAACCUUCAUUCAUGCACUGGAAGCCAAUGAAAAGAGACGCUGGCGCUCCUUAAAUGUGAGCUUUUCAGGAGCCCGCACUCCGUUGAUUUUUUCCUCUUGGUUUCUGUGAAUAAACAACAACAAUAUUAGUAGGAAUACUUGAAUUUUAUUACUUACUGUAUGGGGACACAAACAGCAGCCUGUGCUAUUUUUAAAAUGUAUUUAUAGAAUGUAGUCUGCAGAUUUAUUUUUCUCAGGGAUCUCUCUUAAACAGUUUUUGAAAGAAUUAAAUUGCAAUAACUGUUUUAUGAGUACAAUCUGACUAAACAAAGCUUUUUGUGAUAGUACACAACGCAUGAACAUUUCUGUGUCAUUAAGUCAUCAUGAGUAGAACUGCUGCUUAAAUAGCUGCUUGUUAAAUCUGGUUGAAUUUCAUUGUUUUGAUUCAACAGCCAAAAAGUUUAAACUCACUCUUUUGAUGCCAUGUUAAUGUCUCGACUCUGUCCGCUUGGUCUUUGAUCUGCCAGAAACAUGGAAAUGUUGAAAUGUAUAAUACAAUAAGAUGUCUGAUGAGCACAGACUUUUAAAUAAAUGAAACUGGCAUAAAA